UACCGAUCUCGUUAUUCACCGUUUUAGCGAUGAAAAAGAAAUUGUGGUUAAUUCACAUCGCGACAACCACAAUCAGUAUCGCAACACGAAAGCUUUUACACGACCGCAGAAACGGCCGCAACAAAACGGUAUCGGAAGAUGCCGAUACCGAUCCCGUUAUUAACCAUUUCAGCGAUGAAAAAGAAAUUAUGGUUAAUUCACACCACGAUAACCACAAUCAGUAUCCCAACACCUGUACCGUCGCGACCGCAUCGCGCCUGUUAUUUAAAACCUUGGUUAAAUCAAAUACCCAAGAAGAAAAAUCUCAAAUUAGGUCUCAGAAUAUCCCUAUCAAAAUUGUUAAAAUUCAAUCCCUAUCACUUCCUUCAACAAUUCACCAAAAUACAAUAAUAACAAUACAAAUCAUUAUUUUACCUUCUCAACAAUCUUAA